AUGUAUCUUGCUUGUGAGAGGAGUGGCCAAUAUAGAGCAACAAAGAAGUUAAAACAUGAUGGCAACAAUACAUCAAGAAUAACCGGUACGAAGAAGUGUGGUUGUCCUUUUGAUAUGAGGGCUCACAGGUUUACCACAUAUGAUGAAUGGACAUUGACUGUAGUAUGCGGAUUGCAUAAUCAUCCACCUGCAGAGCACCUCGAGGGACAUUCAUAUGAGGGGAGGCUAUCAAAGGAUGAGAAAGCAUUGUUAAUGGAUAUGUCAAAGAGCAUGGUUCGGCAAAAAGAAAUCCUAGUAACCUUGAAACAGCAAGAUGCCCUCAAUGUAAGCACACUUAAAACCAUUUACAAUGUACGCCAUCGAAACAGGGUGGUACAGAGAGCUGGAAGAUCACAGAUGCAACACUUAUUGGGUGAAUUGGCCAAGUAUAAUUACAUUGAGCGCCAUCGGUCUGAAGAGUCCACGAUGACUUAUGAGAGGGUCGAUAACUAUGCGUGGGUGUUAGCCACAUUACGUGAUGCCAUGGACAGGUUUGUUGUGCCAACAGUUAUUGUUACUGACAGAGAGCUAGCCUUGAUGAAUGCCAUAUAG